AUGUCUUCACGCGGCACACGCAAACGGGCGCGGACGGGCUCAAUCGCUGCGACCUCCACCGAUGGCAGGGCUCAAGACUCCAUGAAUGUAGAAACUUCCCCGAGAAAGCGCGACGAAGAAUCCUGGUACAGCGACGGGAACAUCAUCCUCGUCGCACGCGAUAUCGAGUUCUGUGUCUUCAAGGGGAUUCUCGCGAAGCACUCCCCCGUUUUCAGCGACAUGCUCUCUUUUCCUCAGCCCCCAGUCGCCGGCUCCUCUGACCCGUCCCCGGUCCAAGACGAUCUGCCCGUGGUCCACCUAUCGGACUCCCCAGAAGAUCUGAGGCAUAUUUUGCGCGCUUACAUGCCUACAGGCGGACCGAGCACAUUCUUCCAAACCCGUUAUAAAUAUUCGUAUUAUGCGAUUUCGGCGGCGAUCCGGCUUGGCCACAAGUACCAGAUGACCGACCUACUCGACGACGCCCUCGGUUAUCUGAAGACCUACUACCCAACCGAGUUCGACAAGUGGCGCGCAUACGACAACUACGGCCCGCCCGGGUUCUCGGAGCAGCACACAAUAGGCGUCGUCAAUCUCGCUCGUCUCGCCGGCGAGAACGGCCUGCUGCUGAUGGCCCUUCUCGUCUGCUGCACGAUCCCCAACGUGGGUGAUCUGGUCCGCGGCGUGGAGCGCGAGGACGGCUCGCGCGAGCAGCUCACGCUGGACGACAUCGCGCUGUGUUACCAUGCGAAGACCCUGUUAAUGGACUGGUCCGUCAAGAUCACGCUCGCGAUCUGCCGGCAGGAGGUGUCGGCGGGGUGCAAGACGGGACAGAGCUGCCUCCAAGCCCUCGCGCAGGUGCUCAAUGGGCUCGAAGCUGCCGGGAAUUUUCUUACAUACCCCGACCCCUCCGUCGAUGGCAUUGGCUUAAACGACGCGAUCAAGGCCGUCAAUCUGUGCUUGCAUUGCCGGGCGAUGGUGAAGGAACGCGAUACUCGCGAGAGAGAAAUGGUCUGGGGGCAGCUGCAGGGGAUAUUUGACAUCUACUUGGAGAAGCCCGCUAACGAAGAAGGUUAG